CUGGGAACCCACGCGUAUUCUCGCGAGAGUGGUCCAUCAGACAUGGAGACUCAAGCUGGCUGCAUUUUAGUUUCCGUUACUGAGAGGACAGCAACGCCUUGCAGAAAACAGGGAUAGUGCACCCAAGAGAGGUAUGAAAGCAUGAUACAUCCGGAGCUAACUAACCCAUGAGCUCAGGCAGCGACCCUCUCCUCCUGGGCUGGAGAAGAGCCAGCAGGUCGCUCCAGCUCCGGCUGUUUUUGGACUAAUGAAAGGGGAUAAAGCUCAGGAACAGCCUGCAUACACCCCCCACAGAGGAACAAACAAGAUGUCCGGGCAAAGAGUUGAUCAAACGGAGCCCAUCACUUUUACCGAAGGGUCCGUAGGCUGGGGUGAUGAUAGGACCUGAGAUCUGGCUUUAGGUUAUUGACUGCUAAAUGUCCCGCCUUCCUCCAGGUGAGACAGGGGCACACAAACACUCUGUCCUCCUCUUGUGCACACAAUCAUGGAUAAACUGACCGUGAUUUCAGGAUGCCUCUUCCUCGCUGCAGACAUCUUCGCCAUCGCCAGCAUCGCCAACCCGGACUGGAUCAGCACCGGAGACUCAGCUGGUUCUCUGACUGUAGGUUUGGUCCAGCAAUGCCAGACUAUCCACGGCCGAGAUCGGGUCUGCAUUCCCCCACAGCUGCCCCCAGAGUGGAUAACCACGCUCUUCUUCAUCAUCCUGGGCAUCAUCUCCCUCACUGUUACCUGUGGUCUGCUAGUGAUGUCCCGCUGGCGCCGCGAGGCUGCCCGGUAUGCCAGAUGGAUCGCUUUCACAGGGAUGGUCCUGUUCUGUAUGGCUGCGCUGAUUUUCCCAAUUGGCUUCUACAUCAACGAGGUUGGAGGACAGCCGUAUAAACUCCCCAACAACACAGUAGUGGGCUCCUCAUAUGUACUCUUUGUGCUUUCCAUAUUCUUCACCAUAGUGGGACUACUGUUUGCUGGAAAGGUGUGCUUGCCCGGCUGACCUACCGUCCACCACUUUUGGAGGGAAAGUUAGGCAGCAUUGACUCUUCUGUGGCAGCAAAGGAAGAAUCUUCCAAGUACUACGAAACUGAGGAGUGUUAAUGUGUCUCCUUUUGGAUGGGUUUUCUUGAUGCCUGUAGCUUGAGAUGCAAUAUUUUUUCAAUCUGUCGUUCGACGUGCAGAAAUGGAGCUGGUACAAAAAGCUCUGUGAUGGCCCUCGGCAUCAUCUGUCCUGUUCGACAAGUACGAGGUGGUGAAAAGACAGCUGAAUAUUGAAAAUCAUGAUAGAAAUGGAUUAAAACACCAGGACUUUGAAGAGAGCCCUGCAGUAUAAUCCAUCAUCUCAAAACUAAUGACAGAUAACAGAUAAGCCUGUCUUUUUUAAUCCUGUUUGAGAUGGCCAUACAGAGAUAAGACUGAUGUCAGGCUAAAUCACCAAAAAUUGGCCAGUGUUCUCCCUGGUUCUUCCCUGACCACAUCCACACGGACAAGCUGUAAUACAUGCCAUGAAGCUGAACUUUCGUGGCACAUUUUAUUUAUUUGUUUAAAUGUACAGUUCUGUUUUUUGUAAAGGUAUUUUUUAUUAAAGGGCCUAAUGCAACCCAGAGUAACCCUGCCAUUGCAAUGUGUGGAGGAUUUGCCUUAAAGAGCUACUUACCUUAUAUUGUUGAAUGUAGAUAUGUUCAGUCACUCAGCUUAAAGAUGUUGAGAUGAGAAUGUAAAAUGAGCUAUCAUAAUCACAUGUUUGAAUGUUCCACAUUGGCUGAUUUUCAGAAGCUUGUUGAUCAGACAUCUUUCUAUAUCACUUCUGGGGUGAGUGAUUCAAAGUUGUAUGGAUGUGUUGCAGGCGGUUGGCUGGUCUCUGUGAUGCUGUUCAGUUAAAAGUUGCUCAGUUUGGAUCACCAGAGCAAGACUGACAUAGACAGGUCACACCUACGCAGAUGCAGUAUACUAAGAAGCUAGAUUCAUAUAUGUUGUGCCAAAAGCCAUAGGUUUUUCUUCUUAAUUUCUUAAAGUUGAUUUUUCUUAACAUGGUCUGAUCACAAUGGUUUCCUUUACAGUUAGACAACUGUGGUCUGGAGAAGGUUGUGUGCUUAGAUUUAGAUUUAAAUCUAUCAGUUUUCCUUUAUACAACAUCAAAUAACAAAAGUAAUCAAAGGAUGCUAUAGAUAAAGAAAAGUUAUAGACUUUAGUCUUUGUUAUAUUCCUUAGAGUAAUCCAGCAUUAUUUCACUUGGCAACAGUGACAAGGAAAAACUUCGGAAACCUUGGGCAGAACAAGACUCAUUGGUAAAAGCCAUCUGCCACUCUCCCCCUUUUUUGACAACAUUCUCUGUAAACAUACACAUUCUCAACUUCAGGAAUGUGUCACAUUAAAUAAUGUUGAACCACAGUUUGAUGAUAAAGAACUGAUUGCUGCAGCCAACUACUUUGCAUUAUACUGAAGGUUUUUGCAAAAGGAACUUGCACGCAGUCAGUGACGUAAAAAUGUGGACCAUUUCAUACAACAGGUCAUCCAUGCACUGAUUUAUAAAAGGACAGCAUUGAUAAACACAUUUUAACUAGCCUUUAUCAAUACCUCUGCCCUGGUUACUCUAUUAAUAAUUCUGACCAAUCACUUAAAAUCAAUACAAUUCAGUGUGACUUAGACAAAAGAGACUCCAGUGAAGGCGAUCAGUCCUUGUGCUCGGUCUAAUUACAAUUCUGAACUAUACUGUGAAAAUCAUCUGUACUUAAAGUUGAGGAGCUCUUCUAUGUGCACCUGUUACAUCAAAACUAAAGAGUGUACCGAGUGAUAGAUUCAAACCAAUUUAGAAUUCACAUCAUUUUCUGUAGCAUCCCCCUGUUCCUAGUGGCAGUAACAUUGUUGCAUUUCCCCACAAUUUUGACCCUGCUUUGCUGUUGAUUCCAACAAUUAGAGGCAGGUGAUCAUUUCUUUUUACUGCAAAGAAGAAACCCUGGGUUACUGACACAGAUGUCUAACACUGUUGUGACACCCUCAGACUGGAGCUUUAGCUUUCAUUUAGCCAUUUAACACAAAGAAGCCUGUGGUAUGUCAAACUUGCUCUUUAGUACACCCCUCUGGUCUCUUAUUUUCAGUGAUGUAGUGGAUAUUGUAUUAUUCACCUUUUGAUGAACACUGUAUCAUGAAAUGACUGAAUCUAUGACCAGAUUGUUUUUACAUUUAGGAUGUUGAUGCCAACUUUAUUUCUGAUAAACUAACUGACAGCCA